GAAGAGUGGGGGAAGUGGUUUUAUUUCCUUCCUAUUAAAGUCAGAGCAUUGCCCAAAGCCAGGUCAAUAGCUGACAGAAAAGGCAACACCAAGAAGAAAACAUAGGAUAAAAGAGAAGCUGGAAAUGAAGUACUUUCUCACCAUUGCUGUGGUUCUCUAUGUGAUCCUCAUUUCCCAACGAAUCCUUCAGACACGAGGCAAAACACUGACCCUUGACAUGGCUCCAGACACUUUCGAUGAUGCCUACACCGACUGUGUGGAGGACAUGCAGCAGGUUGCCCCCAUCCUGUUACAGGUAGAGAUGGCUAAGAACAAGCUGCUCAGAGAAUCAUGGGAGGCUGCCACAGCUUCUUUGAAAAACUAUCAGAACCUCUCCCUGCCCCCAGGCUUCCAGGCUGAGCAUGCACUGGCUGUCAUGGUCUAUACUAAUUCAUCCAACACACUAUAUCGGGAGCUGAACUUGGCUGUGAGGGAACUGGGAAGCUCUACUGAGGUCUACAUGGAGCAUUUUCCCUUCAAGGCCUUGCACUUCUACCUGAUGCGGGCCCUGCAGCUACUGAGGGCUCCUGAGAGCUGUAAGGAGGACUCUGGCGAGGUAUUCCGAGGCAGGAGAAGCACCCACUUCAAGCCCAGGAAGCUUGGAGAUAUCAUCCGCCUUGGCCAGUUUGCCUCCACUUCAGAGGAGCGGAAGGUGGCCCAGAUGUUCAGCAAUGCCACCUUCUUUACCCUGACCACGUGUUUUGGGACCCCCAUCAAGCACCUCUCAGUCUUCCCCAAUGAGCAAGAGGUGCUCAUCCCACCCAAUGAGCUCUUCCAGGUGUCUAACUUCUCCCAGGAUGGAACCAGAAACCUGGUGACUCUAAGAAGCCUCAAACAGACGUGCAGCAACUUCAACUGUGCCUACCUGAGCAGUAUUCACCACACCAGGCUGGGAGGAAAGAAGAAUCAAAAUUGUGUGGUUAAAUCAGGAAACAUUAACAGCGUGGUCCUUGGGAAGGUGACCUCAUGGCUUUUUGUGGGAACUCAGCUUCUACUUCUCAGAAUCUUCUGCUUGAAGUCUUCCUAGAGAGACUUUGGUUUUUUCCUGCCCUAACCACAUCAGCAUCCCUGAUCUCCAAUCAUACCAGAUACCCCCAUUAAAGUCCUCUACAAUUUUAACAAAGCACUGCAAGAGGAUAGCUCCCUGUUGCCCUCUGGUGGUGAAUAUUCCCAUUGCAACCAGUCACCACCUGGAAAGUGUUACACCCACACCAACACCCUGGGGUGGUUUGCCAAUUGGGGCUGACUUUUCUGGAGACCCUAGGCUCUGCUUGGCCUCAUGCCUCCAUUGCGUGACCUAUAAUUAUCUUUUUUUUUUGCUGAGGCAAUUAGGGUUAAGUGACUUACCCAGGGUCACACAGCUAGUGAGUGUCAAGUGUAUAAUUAUGUAUUAAAAGGAAGCAUGGGGUAGAAAAGACUCAGGGUUAGGCUUUGGGCAAUGGCCUUCCUUGCCUCUGGGCUCCCUUAACUAGCUAGAACACCCUCCUUUAUCUCAUUAACUUUCCAGAUGCCCUCUAUUCUUCUAGGGCUAAUUCAAGUUCUGCUCCAAAAAGUCUCCUCUUCCAGGGAGCUCCGACAACCCCCUUUGCCUAUCCCACUCAUUGGCAAUUGACAACCUUAUGGUGUUUCUUGUAAUGGGUUUUUCUUUCUUUUCUUUUUAAUCCAGAUGUAUGAUUUCAUUAGUGUAAGGAAUUCUGGGUAAGAAAACCGCCUCUAUGUUGAGUGAAAUGAGCAGAACCAAGAGAACGCUGUACACAAUAACAGCCACAUUGUGCGAUGACUAAUAUUGAUAA